UUGUCUCGCAGAGCUUCCAAAGGCCUCAGCUACAAGAACAAAGGGCUGAGAUUUCGCUGAGCGGAGCCCCGAUUGCCCGAAUCCCCCAACCCUAAUCUCCAGGAGAUCGGCCAUGGCUUCCUCCAAAGAGCGCGAGAAUUUCGUGUAUGUCGCCAAGCUUGCUGAGCAGGCCGAGCGAUACGAUGAGAUGGUGGAUGCUAUGAAGAAGGUUGCAAAUCUAGAUGUUGAGCUGACCGUUGAAGAGAGAAAUUUACUUUCUGUUGGUUACAAGAAUGUAAUUGGUGCUCGCAGAGCAUCAUGGAGGAUACUGUCCUCAAUAGAGCAAAAAGAAGAAACAAAAGGGAAUGAAGUAAAUGCCAGACGGAUUAAGGAAUAUAGGCACAAAGUUGAAGCAGAGCUUUCAAACAUCUGUAAUGAUGUUAUGACGGUGAUUGAUGAGCACCUCAUACCUUCUGCUACUGUUGGUGAAUCAACUGUGUUUUUCUAUAAGAUGAAAGGGGAUUAUUAUCGUUAUCUUGCAGAAUUCAAAUCAGGCAACGAAAAGAAAGAGGCUGCUGAUCAGUCUAUGAAAGCAUAUGAGGCUGCUACCGCAGCAGCAGAGGCUGAAUUGCCCCCGACGCACCCCAUCCGAUUGGGGCUGGCUCUAAAUUUCUCAGUUUUCUACUAUGAGAUCAUGAAUUCACCUGAAAGGGCCUGUCAUCUUGCGAAGCAAGCUUUUGAUGAAGCUAUCUCUGAGCUUGACACCUUGAAUGAGGAGUCAUACAAAGAUAGCACAUUGAUCAUGCAGCUUCUCAGGGACAACCUUACCCUUUGGACUUCUGACAUCCCAGAAGAUGGAGAAGAUGCCCAGAAAGUGAAUGGCACUGCCAAGGUUGGCGGAGGCGAGGAUGCAGAGUGAGGAGGAUGGGAGGUAGCACCGUUAAAGAGUUGAUGUGUUCGGGGUGAGACGUGAGGGCCGCCGUUAACUCAUCUGUGUAUUAGCUAGUGAUAGGGUCCCGAUUUUUAUUUUUAUUUAUUUUUCCUUUUUUUUUUAAAUGUUUCUUGUCGAUUGGCCACACUUCCCAACGGGGGAAAAACUUUGUGCCUUAUUAUGGUCUGUUCCUUUCUGUGUGGUGUUUGAAAAUGGCCUAUUUCAUCCCCCCAAAGCUUUUCCUCCUUUUCCGUGGGAGGGUUUAUUGAGAAGAAUUGUUUAUGCUGUAUUUCUUGUACCAAUGGAAAAUGCUGCAGCCGUAUAUGGGGCUGCUGCUAUUGAAGAUUCUUCCGUAAUACUUUUA